AUGCUGUUCAACUCGGUUGACUCGGCGACGACCAUGAAGCUCGCCGUUCCUCUCCUCUGCGAGUCUACUCAGUCGUCGACCUCUGCUCAGCACCAGCCUGGGCCCCCUGCUACCCGGUUGCCAUGGGAGCAGGGCACGUUUUGCCUUGAGCGUAUCAGCGCAGGAUCCUUUGUCACCAUGGCUGCUCACCCAGAUGGCUCAGGCCGAGUCUUCUUGUCCAGCCAGGACGGAAAGAUCUGGCUGGUCUCAAUGCCUCAUCAGGGAUCUGGAGUGACCCUGCAUUCUGACAGUCCGUUCCUUGACAUCUCGGAUCGAGUGCACCAUGAUGCGGUGCUCGGACUGGUCGGCGUGGCGUUUCACCCAGAGUUCAUGACCAAUGGACGCUUCUUCGUCUCAUACAACUGUGACAGCAGCACCUCACCGGUCUGUGGUGCCGGCACGUGCUGGGGUUCUGCUGCCGGAAAUGGCUCCCAGCUGUGCAGGUAUCAGCUUGUCGUCUCCGAGUUCUCUGCUAAAGGUGGCACUGACUAUUCGAAGGCAACUCGCGCUUAUUCAUCAGAAGUGAGGAGGAUCUUCACCAUGGGUUUGCCCUACCCGCACACAUCAUAUUCCUACCAGCAUCAUGGCGGACAGAUCCUGUUCCGGCCAAGUGACAGCGAUGGAUAUCUGUACCUAGUUACUGGCAAUGGUGAUUUCUCAAAGAACGGGAGGUCAUUUUUUGGCAAAAUCCUAAGGUUCUAUGUUGGAGGUAUGGCAGGAGAAAACAGAUGGACAAGUGACCGUGCCACUCCGAAGAUAGAGAAGCCAGAGAUCUUUGCUGCGGGUCUGAACAACCCAAACGGAUGCAGUUUCGACUCCAACAGGCCUGCCUACUUGUACUGUGCGGACGUCAAUGAGAAACGGUACGAGCUAGUGCAUCUUAUCACGAGGGGUAGAAACUACAGUGGCUCCUCAAUGAAGGUGACUGUCUCCCACAUCAUCAACCACGGCCGUCCCGCUGAUGGCAGGAUGCCAUCGAUCGUUGGUGGUCUCAUGUAUAGAGGGUCCGCAGAUCCCUUGCUGAAAGGAAGGUAUCUGUAUGUUUAUGCCUCCAGUGUGUGGGCUGGCGUGGAUGCCCUUGAGAGCAGGAGCAACGGGCGCAGCGCCUCUGCUCAGGUCCCCAUCGUCAGGUGCUCCAGGAGCAGCCCUGUGCCCUGCAAUGGCUUCGGCAUCGGCAUCACUGGGCGUGUGCUGUCCUAG